CCUAUUCAACUCAGUUUCUAAAACACAUAUAAACAAGUAAACAGCAUUAGAAAUCGGUCACAGUAAAACAAUUUCUAGUAAAUCGCGAUUACUAGCAGUCGUCCCUUCCGGCACCGGCUCGGAACCAGAACCUCAACAUGCCCGUCCGAUGGAUUCUUCACUGGCAACCAACCCAAGGAUCGGUAGUAAACAGCCACAUACUGAACGAAAUCUCACAGUGCGUCGACACUUUCAGCGGCGUCAAAGAAGGAAGAUGGAAAUCUACUCUCACUUUCUACAGAGCCAAUGUACGAGACCAGUCAAUGAGUGCUGAAUUCCCUCGCGAUUUUCUCGGAAUUUCGCUCAUGGAACAGCCUGAUAAAUAUUACUUCAUUAUUCGCAGUCAUAAGCUUGUUGUUGAGGCUGAGUCUUCAAUUCUGACUAUCAUGGAGAAACUUCAGUCUUAUAAAUCUAAAGUUGCUCUUAAUUUUGAGGGUUUGCAGUAUAAACUGGGUGACUUUCAGUUGAGACUGAUUAAGGUUGUUCCUAAUCAAGCUGAAAAUCUCAGAGGCAUUUUAAUGGAGAUUGAGUAUCUUCCUAUUUCUUCAAUUGAAAUAGCCAAGCCAAUUCUUGAAGAGUUCAUUGACAUAUGGCGACAAGUGCUGUCGAAAAAAUCAUUACCCGGUCAAUUCAUGCGAGCAGAACCAGUAUUUGCGGAAUAUGGGCUCUCAGACACUUACAGUUUUCAACACACAGCUGUUCAGUAUGCUGCUGCAUUGGCCCAAUUAAUUGCAUCAGUUCAGUCAGGAGGGCAGUUAAGGAGUUAAUUAGUUAGUUAGGACCAUUGAAGCUUUUCCUCUCAUCAAAAUGCAAUAAAGUUCUUCUGCUUAACGCCAACACCAAGAGUGUAAAUCAGACUCAGUGGUUUUGUUGUUGCAUGUCUCCUGAAGUGUUGUUAUUUAUUUCUGAGUCGUACAAUUCAGAGGAGAUCUUGAUUAUUUUUUAAUCUUAUACACUUUUUUUGAAUUUCAGAAAUACAUCUUAAAAUUACAAAAGGAUACUUUUGAAUAUCAA